UGGCCGGCCUCCUUCCUCAUUUACCUGGCUUUUUUUGCCCUGCUACAGAAUCUCUGUCGUUUUGAGUGUUUCUGAUCUGAUUGAUGGCUAAGUAAAGCAGUUAUUUAUGUCUCACCAGCCAAUCCAGGGCAGAGUCAGUUAACCCACUGCACAGCUCACACCAUCUUUCCGUUUUCAUCACCACCCUAACAGCAGUAGUAACUAACUACUUAACGAGCAACGAGAAUCAUCACGCUGUUCUUGUUCUGGUCGGUCCAACUGUUGGGUUCAGUUGCAUUCCAUGCAGGAAUGCCAGGCAGAGAGAGCAGACGACAAAGCCUACUAUUAAUCCAGCAGCUGCAGCUGCAGGCAAGAAGAGAGGGGAAAACGGAGAGAGAGAGAGAGGUGGGUGGGUGAGGGCAAGCAAAGGCGAGGAAGAAGAAAAGCUUUCGCUUUCGCUUUCCCGGCUGUUGCUGUUGCUUUCCUUCCUCUUCUAAUCCUCUCUUCUCCUCUGUAAUUAUUGUGCGUGCGCGAGCGCGAGUGCCACCAUAAGCCGCAGCCCAGCGCGCGCCAACAAGAACCUCCAGCCCCCCGCGUGCCCGGCAUCUCUCUCCCUCUCGCCUCCUCCCGCGGCGCCCGGGUUCGAUCCUUCCCACCGCGGGAGGCGCGAAGGCCGGCGGACGGUCGCCGGACCUGCGUACCGGCGGCGGAGAGAUCCUCGAAUGUAUGACAAGAAACUUUCCGUCCAGCUGAGACUCUGAUCUCGCCAUCGAAGCACACGCUGGACCUCGGUGGUUGGUAUCAUCACCAUUACCAUCAUGCUGCAGUACCUGGACUUCUCCAAUGCCAGCACCUCAAGGAAGUGGGGGCACAAGAGGCAGGGCGAUGGACUUGAGGCUCCAAGGAACAGCAUGGAGUUUGCCUUGGAGGCUUCCCACAGCUAUGGCGUCUUUCAAGAAGAUGUUCCGCAGUAUUCCUGCAACAUGAGGCAGUACCCAAAAUCAGGGCUCAGCCACAGCUCAAACCCAGUCAAGAAGCUGAUCCAGGAGGACAUCUCCUUCAGAACAAAUGAAGGCCAGAAGAGGCCCGGCGUCAUCGCCAGAUUGAUGGGCAUGGAAUCGCCUCCACUGAACGCAACCACUGAAUCCAUCAGCCGUUCAGAGAUCACCCCAAGAUCAUUGCCAAGAAGAGAUAAUCCUUCUGAAAUGAUCUCAGCCAAGCAUGUCUCCUUCGUGCAACACAACAACAGGGACUCCACCAAGCAGGCACCGAAGCAGGAGAUCCGAGCCUAUGGCUAUGGCGACGAGAGGGAUGUGUUUGGGCAGAUGAACAAGAGGAGCAACGAGUGGAGUAAGCCGCAGCCGCGAGAGCACCCGCAGGAGGAGGAGCUGCAGAAGUUCAAGAAGGAGUUCGAGGCAUGGCAGGCGAGCAGGGCCUGGGAGCAGUCGACAAGCUUCGAACUGGAGAGUAGCUUCGAUGACGACGACGACGACGACAGCAGGUGCACGGACAUCGUGCCGUACAGGUACCAGCACCACCAGAACGGGAAAGCUGCUAGCCAUGGCAGCAAGCACAUGCACACCUCCAAUGAGGAUGUGCAUUGGAGAAGAAGCAGCAAGGAGAGCAGCACGUCGAUCUCCGGGAGCCGUACGUUCUCUCUGACAACGAGCGCAGACGCCGCCGCCGCGUGCUCCACGAGGCUGCCGUUCUCCAGGUUCUACCACGAGGAGGAGAGGUCGUCGCUGUCGCCGACGAGGAUCGUCAUCCUGAAGCCCUGCCCCGAGCUGAGCACGGACGACAUCGAGGAAUCCUCGCUGGGGUCACCGGAGCUGGUGAAGAAGGAGAACAACAUGGAGGCCUUCCUGGAGGAGGUCAAGAAGAGGCUCAAGAUCGAGCUCGAGGGCGGGGUGGCCUCCGACGAGAAGCAGGCGGACCGCCGGUGGUCCGCCGCCGCCGGCGACAUUAUUCCGGCCGACCCGAAGCAGAUCGCGCGGAGCAUCGCCAACCAGAUCAGGGAGAACGUCACGAGGGACAUGCACCCGGCGCUGGUGCGGUCGGAGUCCACGCGGUCGUACCGCAGCGACUUGCCGUUCGACGGGCAGGGCCAGAUGGACUACAUCGGCCGAGACGCCAGGAGGCAGCUCUCCGACAGGCUGAAGAACGUGCUGAGGAGAGACACGCCGGACGCCGAGACGCCCUUCUCCUUCUCUCAUCGGCGAAGGGCCACCUCGACGUCGUUCGACGAGGAGCCGAGGCCCAAGCCGACGAGGCACGAGGUGGCACCGCCGCCGCCGCCGAGGAAGGGGAAGGUCAGGAGUAAGGAGGAGAAAAAGCGCGCGGUGGAGUCCGACAUCAGGUCAUUCAGAUACGGAUCGAACAACACCCCAACGACGACGACCCAGCCGGACUCGGAGCCCGUGUCGCCGCGAAACCUGAUGAGGUCGUUCUCGGCGCCGGUGUCCGGGACGACCUUCGUGAAGCUCCUCUCGGAGGAGCCACGGGUGCUCACCGGAGCGAGGCUGCAGCGCAAGCAGGAAGGCCACGGGAGCAGCCGGCCGGCGUCGUCGGAGGAGAGGAAAGGGAGGAAGGACGCGUUCAGCAUCAGAGGCAAGGUGUCCAACCUGAGGCAGAACCUUGGGCUCAGAGCCAAGCUGUUCGGCAAGAAGUUCCACGCCUCCGACGAGCCGUUCCCGGACGACCUCCCUCCCUUCGGCACCCUUGUCACUGCCCCAUCGGUCCUCAUCCACCCCGGCGUCCUGCAGGAGAACUCCACCGAGGUGCCACCGAGCCCGGCGUCGUGGUGCAGCAGCCCGCCUGACGAGAUGAACAGGGGAGGCUACCCGAGCCCUGUCUCGCCAUUGGAGGCAUCCUUCAGCGAGCACCGGUCUCACUUGAGAACGGAAGCCAAGGACAUGGCUUCAACUGCUUCUGAACCAGGAAUCAUGUCAGAACAAGUCCAGGCCGAAGAGGAACGCGCCGAGACAAGUCCUGUCCUGGACGAGCAGGAGCAGGACGACGGUGACAUGGACGCGACGGAUGGUCACCCCAUAAAAUCCUUCGUCAGAGCUGUUCUCGUCAUCGCCGGCAUGUACGGCCGGAGGCAGAACCCUGGCAACGCCGCCAUGUCGGACUGCGAAGCCAAGCCGAUCCCCAAGUGGGUGCUGGAGGAAGUCGUGUCCUCGUCCUCAUCAGCCCCGGUGGACGACGGCGCGGCAGCCGUCGACCACCGGCUCCUCUUCGACCUCGUGAACGAGGCGCUGCCGGGAGCCGUCCGGGCCUCCACGACGCUGUGCGCGUUCGACAAGUGCUACGCCAUGGCGCCAAGGAGAACACCCGGUGGCAAGACGCUGCUGGAGGCACUGUGGAAGUCCAUGCAGGUGUGGCUAGAGCCGCCAAGCGACAGCAGGACGGCGAGCUCCGCCUCCGUGGACGUGCUGAUCGGCCGUGACCUGAGCGUGUCACCGUGGCACGGCGCGUUCCGCGAGGACGCCGACGCGCUGGCGAGGGACGUGGAGGCGGAGAUGCUGGACGAGCUGCUCGACGAGACGGUGUGGGACGUGCUCCUCAAUGUGGGGGACUGAUUAUUGGAUCGUAGGUCUCUUCUGACGAGUAUACUUGUACAUUUUGGGGUGCCUUUUUUUCCUACCUCUUUUUGGGUGAUUGCCGGGUUUGUGAACGGGUGUUGAUGAGUGAGAGAUGUAACUAUGCUUUCGUGUGAAAGAAUGCUGAAUUUACACUGAGAAAAUGUGCGUAAAGAAGAGAGAGAGAAAAAAAAGAGUGAACUAUAAAAGAAUAGUUGUCGUCA